UUCAGGAGCGGAGCAGUUUACUUCACUCAGAGCGCAAGAACGCAAGGAGUCAGCAAGGGGAGCCACACAAAGCUGCGGCAGAUUGUCACUACAUAUUUAAUUAUUUGAAUAGAUUUUUUGCUGUCUACAAUCUAUUAUUUUUGAAGUAAUCAACCACUAUAAAGGAUAUGUUACUGGAAGUUUUAAAGAGCGCCUUCAUCCUUCUCUCCUGCAUAUUGCUGAAACCCGUGUUUUCAAUGCAGUAUCAGAUGUGUGAGAUGAUGAAGGAAAUAGACAAGGAAAGGGACGUGUGUGAGGCUCAGAUUGAGAACAGAACAACAGGUUGCAGGGGGACGUGGGACAAGAUCACCUGCUGGCCCAGUGCCAAUGUUGGAGAGGUGGUCACCAUCCGUUGCCCCAAAUAUCUCUUCUACUUCUCCAGGGACAUUCCUACAAAUAAUCUUUCAAAGACCUGCACUGAGGAUGGCUGGACUCCAAUCAGCAUAGACUCCUACAUAAUGGACUGUGGAUACAAUCCCAACAGCACCAUGGAUGAUAAUACGGGAGAGUUCUUUGGCGCCAUCAAAAUGGGUUACACCAUUGGUCACAGCGUGUCGCUCAUUUCUCUGAUGAUCGCCAUCAUCAUACUGUGUCUUUUUCGGAAGCUGCACUGCACAAGAAACUACAUCCAUAUGCAUCUUUUUGUGUCUUUCAUACUGAAAGCUGUAGCCGUUUUCAUGAAGGACAUGGUUCUGUAUGAUGUCGGGGAGACUGACGAUUGCCAGUCAUCUGUGGGCUGCAAGGCAGUGGUGGUCUUCUUCCAGUAUGGGAUCAUGGCAAGUUUCUUCUGGCUGCUGGUGGAGGGCCUCUACCUCCACACUCUGUUAGCUGUUUCCUUCUUCUCUGAGAGGAAGUACUUCUGGUGGUACAUCCUGAUUGGUUGGGGGGCUCCAACCAUCUUUAUCUCAGCUUGGGUGAUUACGAAGGCAUAUUUAAAUCAUCCGGGAUGCUGGGAGAUAAUCGAUGACAGACCAUGGUGGAUCAUCAAAACACCGAUUUUAGUUGCCAUACUAGUGAACUUUUUCCUCUUCAUCUGUAUAAUCCGGAUUUUACGACAGAAGAUGAAUUGCCCCGACAUCGGAAGAAAGGAAUCCAAUCAGUACUCGAGACUGGCUAAAUCCACUCUGUUGUUGAUACCUCUCUUUGGCAUAAACUACAUCAUUUUUGCCUUCAUCCCUGACCACAUCCAUCCACAUGUGAGGAUGGUGUUCGAUCUUAUCCUGGGGUCAUUUCAGGGAUUUGUUGUUGCAGUUUUGUACUGCUUUGUGAAUGGAGAGGUACAGGCGGAGAUUAAGCGUAAGUGGCGGAGAUGGAUGCUGCAGAGGUUCCUGGGCGCUGACACUAAGUACCAGCAACCCUCCAUGGGCAGCAAUGGAAACAACUUCAGCACCCAGAUCACUAUGUUUACCAAAUGCAGCCCUACAACACGCCGGGCAUCAGCAUGUCAGGAGCACUUCUCUGCCAUCUGAAACCCAUGUGAAGUUAACUCUCCUAUUUGUUUUUAUCAUUAUGUAGUUAAUGCAUGGCUCACAUGCACUGUUGCAAUGCAAUUGAUAUUGGUUACUGAAGGUCAAUUUGACAUUUUAGUAGUGAAACUAAUAUUUGUUCCUUGUUAGUUUAUCCCUCACCCUCACCAAAUGACAGGUGAUGAGUGUUGUUCUUGCCAGGGUGGAAAGUCAUCUGAAACUUCUUUUGAAACUUAGCACCUGUUUAGUAAAUGGGUUAAAUAUUUACCUAUACCUAAGAAUUAAUUUCCAAGAAAACACAACAAAGGAAAUUGUCAUUUUCUCAGGCUGUUCCAAUGUAGCUUUGAUCAGGAAACAACUUCCAUUGUACUGGAGGUUGACCGCAUUUUUACAUAAAGACCAGUGUCACACUGAGAUAUAUAUACUAUAUAUAUACACACAGGUGCUGGUCAUAUAAUUAGAAUAUCAUCAAAAGUUGAUUUAUUUCAGUAAUUCCAUUCAAAAAGUGAAACUUGGAUAUUAUAUUCAUUCAUUACAC